GGAAGACAUGGGUCAGUUCAGUACAGACAAGCAGGAGUACAUGUGUGUGAAAGUGAUGUUGUGUUGGUUAAAAACGUAAAGGGAGAUGCGGUGCCUUUCCAGAUCACAGAAGCAGAGUCAGGUUUACAUGGGAUCCCACUGACACAGAAAAGGAUGUGUUUUUGGCUGUAGGUUUGCACUUUUCAGCCAGCUGAGGAUCACUACACGUCAUCAUGUCUCAUCGAGGGCCUUUGACCGCUGUCAUAACAACAGUACUGGGGGCGACUUUAGGAGGGCUGCUCGUAUGGCGAGUUUACCGAACAAAAAGGAAGAGGCUGCCUUUCGUCCAGAAGGCGGCUGAUCCUGUGGAGGCUGCCCGUCCUGUGGAAAAGGAUGUCACAGCUGAGGAGUGUCAUUUCGUCGAACCGCCACGGGUUGUGGUGAAGGAGUUUAAGGCUGUGGAGUGUCAGACCUCACAGCAGCUCCUUCCUUUACCGAUACCGUCUUCUGAACAGCUACUGGGCGUGAAACCAGUGAUGGUGAGCUCUGACGAGGAGUGGCAGCAGCUGUGGCCGCUGAUGCAAAAGGAGCUGUCGGUCCUCCCCGUGCUGGGGCUCGACUGUGAAUGGGUAAAGAUUAAAGGCGUGUCCGUGAAGGGCCGGACCUCUGCGGUGUCCCUGCUGCAGAUGGCCACAUACUCAGGUCUGUGUGUCUUGGUGAGGCUGCUGGCGUUUCGCAGCGGCCAGCAGCCGUUCCCUCUCAGCUUAAUGGAAGUCCUCCGAGACCCGCACAUUUUGAAGGUUGGCGUCGGUUGCUAUGAAGACGGAAAGCGCCUGACGCGUGACUACGGUCUGUCGCUGACGUGUACAGUUGACCUGCGCUACCUGGCCUUAAGACAAAGGCAAGCGCCAGUGAAUAAUGGCCUCAGCCUGAAGUCUCUGGCAGAGGAUCUGUUGAAUGUGUCUCUAGAUAAAUCUCUGGAGCUGCGCUGCAGUGACUGGGAGGCAGAUCAACUGACGCUGCAGCAGAUGACUUACGCCGCUAGAGACGCCCAAGUUUCCAUCGCUCUCUUCCUCCAUCUCCUCGGCCUCCGCUCUGAAGCCGGACUCGCAUCUUCCAGCGGGAGCUCUUACUCCGAGUUGGCCUCCCGCUGCCAGGGCCUGGUGGACGUGCCCUUCAGGGGCCGAGGAGACGGAGACGACAGAGCCUGUGAUGGAGAGAGGAGACGGAAGACGCGGAAGACGCCCAGUAAUGAAAGCCCGGAGUCUGGAGAUCAGCAAGUCCCAGACCCUCGAAAGAACAACAAGCGGAAGCCGCUGGGUGUGGGCUACUCUGCCAGAAAGUCUCCCCUCUAUGAUAACUGCUUCCUCCAUGCUCCUGAUGGCCAGCCUCUGUGCACCUGUGACAAGAAGAAAGCCAAAUGGUACCUAGAUAAAGGAAUAGGAGUGCUCCAGAGUGAAGAUCCUUUUGUCGUGAGGCUGCUGUUUGAGCCGUCGGGACGUCCCGACUCCCAGCAGGACUACUAUCUCACAGCGAAGGAGAAUCUGUGUGUGGUCUGCGGCAAAGCAGAUUCCUACAUCAGCAGGAAAAACAUUGUGCCACACGAGUACAGACGGCAUUUUCCCACCGAGAUGAAGGACCACAACUCCCACGACAUCCUGCUGCUCUGCACCAGCUGCCACGCCGCCUCCAACGUGCACGACAGCUUCCUGAAGCAGCGUCUGGCUGAAGAGUUCUCCGCCCCUCAGGGCUGCGAGGAGGGGGUUCGCCUGCUGGAGGACUCGGACCGACGGCGGGUGCGCUCAGCAGCUCGCGCUCUGCACACCGCCAGAGAAGAGCUGCCGGAGCAGCGGCGAGAGGAGCUGCAGGCUUUGAUCAAGAGCUUCCUGGACAUGAACGAGGAGCAGGAGCUGACGGACGAGGUGGUGCAGGAGGCCGCCGGACUGGAGACGAGGAUUUUCAACGAGGCGUACGUGCCUCACGGUCUGAAGGUGGUGCGAGCCUGUGCCGAGCAGGGCCUGCGGGGCCUGAUGGACCUGGAGCGCCGCUGGAGGCAGCACUUCCUCACCACCAUGCAGCCUCGCCACCUCCCUCCCCUCUGGUCCGUCGACCACAACCACAGCAAGUUCCUCCGCAAAUACGGAGAGGACCUGCCCAUCAAACUCAACUGACGAGCAGCUACCGACCACAACAACCUGAAUCUUCUCAUCUGACGGUUAACGCGCCGGAGGGAUUUGAAACUUUCCACAACCGUUCUUUGAAUUUCACACGCCAAAACACUUUUAUAGCAAGUGGAUGACCGAACUACACAACCAGCCCGAGACCGAAAUGAUACCAGCAAGUUCCCACGAUGAGUGCGUGAGCGAACAAACUCGAGGUGGACUUUGGACGUCGGAGUGCCAGUGAGAUGCUGCUACCGCCUGCUUCGUGAACGAUGUAAAUGAACAGAAACAGAGACUCCACGAGUGGAAAGAAAACCCAGCACUGAAUCUGAAAAACACUAACAUCAUGUGAUUGCAUAUGGACACUUUUUUUAAUCAUGAAAAAUGUAUAAUUAUUUAUGAAAAAAAGUUAAGAAUAUUGAAAUUUAAGAACUGAUUUUUAAAAAGAAGCUGCAGCCUGCUCUUAAUUUCCCCCUAAAUUUAAUCGACACCCCGUCUCCCCUCUGCAGGUUUGCAGCUGUCGGCGAAUAAACGGUUUGCAGAGAGGUUCUAUUUUAUCAUGCAGUGAAUUAGCGCUCCACCCUGAUUGUGUUUUCACUCUGUUGUCUGUUUUAAGUCAAUAGAUGAAAGUUUCCUAAAAGCAUCUUGAAAUCAGUCUUUGAAAAGAUGAUCUCGGGCUGCCUGAAUGUGCUCCACCUCCGUUUUCGCAGGGGGAGUCGACUGCUAACGCGGCAAAGUUGGCUCGUUUAGUUGCUCAUUUAGACUCCUGAUGUUGACGUGCUGCUGCUCGUCCUCCUGAAGGUUGGGACAUCUUCUGGCUCAUGUUUUAAUGUGCCUCUUAAUCCCCAAACCUGACCGGAGACUUUCAGCAUCCGGACGUGACCUUGUUUCCGUUUACCACGACGUCGUUUUACAGAAUCCAAACUGCACAGUGAAGAAAAGGUGCCAACUCUUAAUGUGAUUUAGAAACCUUAAAACUAAAUCCCCUCUCUGUUUGCGAGGCAGAUUAAUUCUUUCAAGCGUGAUGAAUUUAUUUACAAUGCAUCUGCUUUGUCUUUAUUUCCUGGAUGUAAGCCCCAAAGCUGUUUUGUUUUCCUAAAUUGUGAA